AAUAGUAUUUUGCUAUGCAAAAUCAAUCGUCAACACUUUCCCCUAAAAACGUUGAUUCUAUUUACGUGUGAAAAUCGACAGCAGUAAAUCGUUGUUUUUAGAGAUGACUAAGUCAACAUGCAUGCACAAUGAUAUUGAGCCUUUCUCAUUUGCAUAUGUAUACGCUUUCACUGAGCGGAGUAGGUUUUGAUUUCACCUCAAGUGGUUUGGGGCAAGUUGUUUCAAUCACCGCUGCGAAUCCGUAGGGAAGCUUUAUUUGCUAUACCCAGACUUAACGAAGGGGAGAAAACAUCCACCAAAAAGAUUGGGAGAAGAAAUGAACGAAACUUCACAAGGAGACCAAGCAGACGUCGCCUCGUUAGUCGGUUGGUCGCUUGCCUUUGGCGUAGUGUCGCUGGCCACAAUUACUGGCAACUCAAUAGCUAUUGCGGUGCUUACUAGAAAGAGACUACUACGCAGGCGCACAAGCUAUUUCCUUCUCUCCCUGGCUGUGGCGGAUUUGACAGUGGGAAUGUUUUCGGGUCCGGCUUUCAUUUACCAAAUCGUUAGCUUUUGGCAGGAUAGUUUUGUCUCGAAAUCCACGGUUUUGAAAAUCGUGAAAGCGCUGGACGUAUUUUGUGGUCUGGGUUCUACGUUCACUCUCACCAUCAUUGCUUUAGAAAGAGUGUAUGCUAUUUGUUUUCCUCUUCGUCAUCGCACCUCAACGCGAACGUUGUACAACUUGUCUGUGUCUUUUGUUUGGAUCCUAGCAACUCUCUUGUCAAGUCUAUACUUUUUCCACGAAUAUGAAUUAAUCCAACACAAAGUCUUUUUCUGGUUUUUGAUUCUGACUUUUUUCUCGUCAAUGUUAGUCAUGCUGUUAGCCUACCUCGCUAUUUGGUUGAAAGCAAAAGAGAUGAAGGCGUAUUUUAGAGAGGCCAGCUUAGAGUCGUCCGACGCAGGCUCAGAAAAAAGGCUGCGUCCGUUGACAAGUUUAUGCCAACAUGCUGGCAAGGAGCGCAGCAGGCGAGCCAUAGAAAACGACAGAAAACUUGCAAUGACUGUGUUUAUAGUAACAACGGUGUUUAUCCUAACUUGGCUUCCAUUUCACAUCGUCAAUCUAAUCGUGUUUUUGAAAUGCAAGGUCUUUCCUUGUUCUGCGCAGCCGUCAUACCAAGCAAUUUACCUCUGCAAGUUACUUCAUUACGCGAACUCUUUUCUUAAUCCAGUUAUUUAUUCUCUCAGAUUGCAGGAUUUUCGGUCUACUCUAAAGAAAAUCAUUUAUCGAAAAGGAUAAUGUAUCUAAUGGGAAAAAUCGUAUUUUAUAAUUUGUGGCUGCCUACUCUAAGCUACUGUUAGAUCGACUAAUAGUGUUUUGAAACCUGAAGAGCCUCUUUAAACCUCGAAAUAAUUGUGAGUCUUCAACCCUCAAUUGCUGGAUUUCAUUGCAAACCAUCAUCAAAAACCAUUUUACAAGCGUUAAGAAUUACACAAUAUAAAUAACUACUCAACAUCUCCGAGACUCAGGUCGGAAUGGUAUUCCUCUCUCAAUCUAUCUUUCAAAAGGCUUCACACGUCUUAACGUUCAGUGGAUACGUUUGUGUUUCGUUGAGGGUACAAAUAUGGCUUUAUAACAGAACAGAGCCCGCAAUUUGUUUGUUAAAUAUUAGUGAACGUCUAAUUUGUACGGUUAAUAAAGCAGGUACUUUUUGCGACAAGUUCGGCCAAAAGAAUUCACUCUCUAAGGCGAAACUAAAUCCAAUGUUUUCUCGAGUUAAGCUAUAAAAGUGUUUAAGAAAGACCACUAAGGAGUGGUUAAAAAAAGGUGUACAAUGUAUGUCGGGGGAAAGGUUGUUGUUAUUCAUCGUGGUAGAUGCAAUAAUAAAGUGUAUUAUCGUUUGUCUCUCGAUGUA